AAAGUGGGACUCCUGGAAUCUCAUCCUACGCGUCCGUAAUGCCAGCGAGGCAUCUGUUUCGAGCUCUUUUGUUUUCGUUUGUUAUUUUGUUUCUUUUGACGGACUUUUCGAAUGCAAAGCCCUUAGCAAGGAUACGAAGUAAAAGCGUCGCUAAUGAUUUGGACUCUCUUGCGGCCCAGCUACAAUCUCCGAAGAGACGCGCACCCCUAUUGACACCGCCCAUUCGUUUCAGAGAUAAAAGUUACAAAAGGUUCAUCAGGACUCCUUUGACACCCGCCAAAAGCGUACCUGAUAGUCCCGCUGCCCGCAGCCUCCCUUCUGCGGACAUACCCCCAAAAACCACCCCCGUAAUCGCAUCAUCACGCACCCUCCCUUCUGCGGACAUACCCCCCAAAACCACCCCCGCAAUCGCAUCAUCACGCAGCCUCCCAUCGGUGAGCCCUCGAGCGAACGGAGAUGACGUCAGAGGAUCAUCGGUGAGUCCUCGCACCAUCGGUGAUGACGUCACAGGUUCAACAGUGAGUCCACGAGGGAAAGGAGAUGACGUCUUAGGUUCAACGGUGAGUCCACGGGCGAAAGGAGAUGACGUCACGAACUCAUCGGUGAGUGCGCGCGGCAACGGCGACGACGCGUCAAGCUCAAUAUCGAAAGGUCUCUCAUCAAUUGCGGCCAAAGCUAGAGAAAAGGCGAACGAAGCCCUUUCUUCUGUUGACGAGGCCGCUCGCAAAGCUAUCAACGGUGUGGGACUCCUGAUGGGCAUCUCUAAUGGGUUAGCUUCGAACUUGGGCACACAGGCCUUCAACUCUCUGGUCAGGGUCCACAACACCAACAUGGAUAACCUGGAGAAGCUUAAGGACCUCACUCGAUCCGUUGGGCAUUCGGUUGUGGACCUGGGCACGACGGCGGUCUCGGAGACGGUGCACGUGCUGGACGCGGUGCGGGAGGAGAACAACCGGCUCCUGAAGAAGGCAACGGACAACGUCCCGAUCGUGCGUCACCUGGUGUCCCUCAAGAACGUGGCCGGGAUCUCGGCGGCGACGUCGCUGGAGUCCCUGGCGCGGGGGACGCGGCGGGUCGGCGACUUCGCCAUCGACGCCCUGGCCAUGCGCAAGGCCGCCGAGGCGGAGGAGUCCAAGGGCGGGCUCACCGGCAUCAUGACCGGCAUGACCGGGCUCCUGUCCGACAGGAACGCCGACUCGCUCAUCGACACCUUCGGCCGGACGGACGGCAUCGGGCAGAUGCUCGACGGCAUGAUCACCGAGAACGCGGCCGAGGACACCUUCGAGAUGGGCAACUUCAUCGGGCAGACGGUCGGUCCGGCAAAGUUGGUCAAGGUCACCGCUACCGGGGAUGUCAAGCCCAUGUUUCACGAUGAUUGAUGACGAGACGGGUUAUUGACUCUGUGGGCUGAUUACGGAAUUUGAGAGACGAAACUAUAGACA